AUGGAGCUCUUCGAGACCAAUCCUUACUUCUUCCCCGAGCAGAGGUUUUACGACGGGGAGAACUUCCUGGGCUCCCGCCUGCAGGGCUACGAGGCGGUGGCGUUCCCCGAGCGGCCCGAGGUGACCCUGUGCGCCGAGGGCAGGGCGGCUCUGGAGGAGAAGGACUCGGCCCUGGCCGAGCACUGCCCCGGGCAGUGCCUGCCCUGGGCCUGCAAGGUCUGCAAGAGGAAAUCGGUGUCGAUGGACCGGCGGCGGGCGGCCACGCUGCGGGAGAAGCGCCGCCUGAAGAAGGUGAACGAAGCCUUCGAGGCGCUGAAGCGCAGCACCCUGCUGAACCCCAACCAGCGGCUGCCCAAGGUGGAGAUCCUGCGCAGCGCCAUCCAGUACAUCGAGCGCCUGCAGAGCCUGCUCAGCAGCCUCAACCAGCAGGAGCGAGACCAGCGGGAGCUGCGCUUCCGACCCCCGGCCCCGCCGCAGCCCGCGGCAGCCAGUGAGUGUGGGUCCAGCAGCUCAUCCUGCAGCCCUGAGUGGGGCAGCCAGCUGGAGUUUGGCACCCACCCUGCAGACCACCUCCUGGCCGACGACCCAGCAGAGGACAGCAACCUCCACUCCCUGUCCUCCAUCGUGGAGAGCAUCGCGGUGCAGGACGUGGCGGUGACGUUCCCCGAGGAGCAGGUCCAAAACUGA